UGAAUGGCUUUUUGGCCAACAUUGCACUCCGAAAUCGUCUGACAUGUUAGUUGUUCGCUGAAUUGUAAGGAAAAACAGACUAUUAAAUAAAGUGGAAUGCUUCUUAAAAUUCCUUUCCAACAUUCCUAUAAAUUCCUAUACCAAUAAAAACAAGUACCAUAUGUAAGAGGGCACUGGGUGCAAGUACUACCAAUUCAGUGACGUCAGUUGUGCGUAGUGUCACGUUCACAAACCGUUUUCAUGCUCUGAGCCAUUGCACGACAAUUCGUAAUAGAGGCAGUUUAUGCAGGAAGAAAAGAGAUGAGAUACAUGCAGAUAGAGCCAAGAUGGAGACAUUGACUUUGCAGUUUUUGGUGGCUGCUGCCGCCGUUUAGGGGAAAUUGUGAAGAAAGUGUUGAAAACGAAAUUGUAACUGGGAGAGCGUGUGUCUCUGGCUUUGCGAGAGUGCCAACAAGUUGUCGGUAGCCAAGCAGACAGCGCGAAGAAGCGCCGACUUGGCCAAGACUGGUCCGCAUCCACCAAAAGUCCGAGCAGCGGCGUUGGCCGCGGCAGAGACGGUGGAUCUUACCUGGUGGCCGAGGCCAACUCAGAUUGCCAGUCAACGGGCACAUCUCAAGCGUUGCAGUCGCUUUCCAUGCGAACUCGAUUCCAAGCUAUCUCCACUCCUUGGCCAAUUCAGCUGAAGUAUCGUGUAUAUUUAUUUUUCGGCCAACAUCUGCGUGUCUGCCAUAGAUUCGCGUGAAAGUGGUCCAAAUCAAUCACCUAAAACUCAGGAUACAGCUGCAGCUGGUGCCGCAAUUAUCGUACACUAAUCAAAUAGUCACAGCCUUCAUUAUGUUUCUCACAAAGAGUUCAAGUGCGCGGCACUCGUUGCUGCUGCUUCUGUUGGCCUUUUGCUGCCUGAGCAGUGCCUUUGCUGCCAAGAUAACGAAGAAGGUCGAAAAAACAUCGGAAAAGCCCGAGCUGGAGCCAGCAGCAUCUCCAAUCGAGCAGGAAAACGAUGAAGAUGCUGGUGAGGAUGACGACGACGACGACGACGAUGACGACGAGGAGGACGCGGAGGAACCUGCGGUGAAUGCGGCUGACAAAGAAGCUGCAGCAGCGGCAUCGAGUAACAAGAACCCCAAUGCAGUGCAGGCAGCCACGGAUCCCACAGAUCUCAGUGUCUGGGGCAUGGUUCGCACUCUGUGGGGCUGGCUGCGCAGCGAUCUGGGUGAAAGCCUAUUCGGCGAUGACGAUACCGACGACGGGAAGCCCUCGUCCGGCAGCUCAGCAGUGGAGGGGCGUACCUUCGGCAAGAUCCGUCGACUUCAAAUGGCCUUGAUACCCAUUAUCUUCAAGUUUGGAGUUCUUUCGGCGAUGGUUGCCUUUCUGGUCGCCAUUGGCAUGAAAUCGCUGUUCCUGCUCAAGGUUCUAGUGGCGAUGAAUGCCAUUGCCAUUCUGGGAAAGUUCCUUACCCUGAAGUCCAGUCUCUUUGGACAGUAUGAGAACACGGCGCCGUCCUUCAACUACCCGGGCUGGAAUCCCCAUGCCAAGGAGUCGUGGGGCUCCACUGGAUUGAGUGGCCAUGGCGUUGGCCAGCCCCCCAGCAAGGAGAUUCACCUGCACAUCCAUGGAAAUGCCCAGACUCAGGCUCAACUCGCUGGCCAGGGCUACCAGUAUGAGUCGCAGUCGGGUGGAUGGGCCAGUCGAUCGGAUCCCUAUGGAGCCUAUGCACCCACGGGUCAGUUCACGGAUAGCCAGCCCGUGGGAGCAGUGGCCGGAGAGGUGCCCAACAAUACGGAUCCCAUGUCGCUGCUGCCCACGAAGUACCGGGCGAGACACCUCAUCCGCUGAGCAAGAGCUCUUCCACUUGAUGGGAGUUCCACAUGGAAGUCAACGACCACCGCGUUUAAUUAGCUAGCACACAUUUAGUCAGCGACUUUACGAGGACGCAGCUUUACGUACACCUAAAACUAUAGUUACGAGCCUAGUGUUUAAUUAAAUUAUUUGCCCUAAACCCUAACUAGCCCUAAAGCCCCAAAAUCAAUGAUAAUUUGUAAUAAAUAGUCGUAAUGAAAGAGA